AUGGCCCCUACUCUACCACCGUCGUCUGUCACGGCAUCUCCGACCUUACCUCCUAUAACCGCCAUGUACAUACCACCCCUCUCGACCAAGACGAGGCAGCGUUACGCUAGGCUGCGGGACUACGUGAAAGGGCAAACCACGAUAUGGGACGGCAUCGUGGCAACUGUGCUCGUACUGGUUGCCCAACUUCUAAUUGCCGGCAUCGACCUGAUGUUAGACGACCAUAGCGUGGACUUCCCCCCUUCGAUUUUGGCAAUGGGUGCCCUAUUUGUGGUCACCUUAGCAAUUGGAUGUGUCGUUCCGGGACUCGAGGGGAUAUACCAGAGGCGUCUGAGCCGCGCGACGAACCUCCUUAACCGACACAUGUCCAUCGGCUUCACCAUUCCUUUCGUCAUGAUCUGCCGAGGACCACUUGCUGAUGCCCGUACCGUGGGGCUUGUCAUCGCUUGCUUUGUACUAACGGGCGUCCUCAAUACGGCAUCGACCUACUUCCUGGCCUUGCCGAUCCACUCAUUGAUGGUCCGAUGGCAACCACGCGCUCCUCCCACCCAAGAACCGGAAAACAUCGAAGUGGUCGAAGGCCGCAGGGAACGAUGGAGUUGGAUCUCAAGCAAGAUCAUCUUCGAGCGCGAUUCGAUGGCCAGCAGCUUCAGCUUCGGCGUCUCAACCUACGGAAGCACAACAGGAGACAUUAGAGUGCGGACUCCUAAGAUGGCUCAACCGAAACCCGAUGCUGGUCUUGUGCUGGUUCCUUACUUUACUGUCGGGAUUCCCCUCCGAUAUGCGGUACACCACGAUGCCUCGCUGGCGACUUUCCUCCUGUUUGCCACCUGGUUCACCAUGCUGGAGAUUCAAGCAUCUGUCAAACGCUCCGAAGGCCUCGCUCCCUGGGUUCGCAUCAUCUUGACUGGCUCCCUGAAUGCCGUGCUCUGGACUUCGUUCGUUAUGAUGGCCUACAUAUACCUCGACGCUGCGAUUAGUGAUCGAGCUUUGGGGAAGAUGCUAGACACUUUGCAAACCAAGACGACCCUCUCCCACCUCCUCCUGCAUAGCGUCAAUGGCGGAGUCGAUGCGGAAGGGAACAAGUUGAACGUGUCCAUGGCUGCCGGAGACAUUGCCCAGUCUAUUCUCAACGCCGGUCUGGUGGUCUGGGGCUUAAAGCUAUACGAGUACCGCCGCCAAUUACUCUCCCGCGCCGGUUUAACCGUUCUUAUCGUCUCGUCCAUCCUCGCCAUGGGAAACGUUGCCUUGGGUCCUCUUUUUACUCGCGCCAUCGGCCUCGCCCCCGCCAACAGAAACAUCGCGUUCACAGCUCGCAGUGUCACCAUCGCAAUGGGAGCUCCAGUCAUGGCUACCAUGGGAGGCGACGCUAGCCUUAACGCCACUAUGGUAGUCAUAAGCGGGAUUGUCUUCCAGAUGGGGCUGGGAUUCGGGCUGGGCAACUGGCUGGAACGAACGAUCUUCUCGUGCUUUGUCAAGGUCAAGCAGCACCAAUCUACCGACAAUACCACCCCUGAGACAACCGAAGACAAGCCAAAAGGAACUAAGGCCGAACCCAAGGCGAGUCAGACCGAGUUACUCAGUGUCCCUCCUUCCGUUCGACAACGGUCAUUCGAUCUCGAGGCUCAACAGGCCCCUACGGUAGCACCUGCCACCGCCACACCGGUACAAGAACAAGGAGAAGGGAUGAACGACCCUCAUACGGUAGCGGCUGGUCUGACGAUUGGUAUCAACUCGGCAGCCAUGGGCACCGCAUAUCUAUACGAGGUCGGCAGCGAUGCGGCUCCGUACUCGGCAUUGUCCAUGAUGGCGUUGGGAGUCAUGACAGUAGGGUUUGCAAGCAUAAAGCCGUUGGCUGAGUGGGUGGUUGGGAGUGUCGGAGGGAGUAUGGCCUGA